UAAUGGACCUGCGGAAGAUUUCGUAGCAGGACAUCUAGCUGACAUCUCCAAACAACUUGAAGCUGAGGAAGAAACGGAUGAAGAUACCUGUGUGUUAGUGUAAUAAAGUUUAGGAUUAACUGAGCGAGAUGGCGCAUCUGUCUCUGUACUGCCUGCUGUCUGUGUCGCUUCUGCAGUUGGUGGCUUCGUCGGGUGUAUUUGAAUUGAAAGUUCUCUCGUUCAGCACGACACGCCGCUUCUGCAGGAGGACGCGAGACUGCAACAUCUUUUUCAGGAUUUGUCUCAAACAUUCGGAAGACGUCAUCUCCGCUGAACCUCCGUGCACCUUCGGAACCGGUCAGACAAAUGUCCUGCGAGCGGACCAGAGCUCUGUAGCCAACAGCGCAGCCAUCCGGGUGCCUUUCCACUUCAAGUGGCCGGGGACAUUUUCUCUUAUUAUUGAGGCAUGGAAUGCAGAGUCUCCCAAAGAGCAUCAUGACUACACAGAGAAUCAGAACAACCUGAUCAGUCGUUUAGCAACACGAAGGCGACUGGCGAUUGGAGAAGACUGGUCUCAGGAUGUUCAUUUUGGCGAUCAGAGCGAACUCCGUUACUCUUUUCAUGUUUUCUGUGAUGAAUUUUACUUCGGUGAGGCAUGUUCGGAUUACUGCCGUCCCCGUGACGACACACUGGGACACUACACCUGCGAUGAGAACGGGAACAGAGAAUGCCAGGAGGGAUGGCAGGGAGACUAUUGCUCUGACCCCAUCUGCUCUUCAGACUGCAGUGAGCGGCAUGGUUACUGCGAGUCACCUGGUGAGUGUAAGUGUCGUCUGGGAUGGCAGGGGCCAUCCUGCAGCGAGUGUGUGCAUUACCCGGGAUGCCUGCAUGGGACCUGCUCGCAGCCAUGGCAGUGUGUAUGUAAGGAGGGCUGGGGAGGCCUCUUCUGUAACCAGGACCUCAACUACUGCACCAAUCACAAACCCUGUGCUAAUGGCGCCACCUGCACCAACACCGGGCAGGGCAGCUACACUUGCACCUGCCGACCAGGAUAUGGGGGCACAAACUGUGAGCUGGAGAUUAACGAGUGUGACUGCAACCCCUGCAAGAAUGGUGGCAGUUGCAACGAUUUGGAGAACGAUUACUCCUGUACAUGUCCUCAGGGAUUCUAUGGGAAGAACUGUGAGAUCAUUGCAAUGACUUGUGCGGAUGACCCCUGCUUUAAUGGAGGGACAUGUGAGGAAAAAAUCACUGGUGGUUAUGUCUGCCGCUGCCCCCCAGCCUUUACUGGAUCCAACUGUGAGAAGAGACUGGACCGUUGCAGCCACAAACCUUGUGCCAAUGGCGGUGAGUGUGUGGAUCUGGGCGCUAGCGCUCUGUGCCGCUGUCGCCCUGGUUUCACUGGCUCUCGCUGUGAGACGAACAUCGACGACUGUGCCCGCUAUCCAUGUCAAAAUGCCGGAACCUGCCAAGACGGCAUUAAUGACUACACCUGCACCUGUACACUUGGUUUCACCGGUAAAAACUGCAGCCUACGAGCAGACGCUUGUCUCACAAACGCAUGCCUCCACGGAGGAACGUGCUACACACACUUCUCUGGGCCAGUGUGUCAGUGUGUGCCUGGGUUCAUGGGUCCAAACUGUGAGUUUCCUGUUCAGGGAAGUAUGGAGCUGAUGGCCCCACGGGUUGGUCAGACCUCAUCUUCAGCAGUAGCAGUCUCAUGUGUGUUAGGUGUGCUGGCCUUGUUUUUGGGAGUGUGUGUGGGACUGGUGGUGAUCAGGAGGAGAAGGCAUAGACUGCGCAGACAGCAGCUGUGUGAGUCUGUGUUUAAUGAUUUGGAGACGGUGAAUAAUUUAGACAGGCAACACUAUCCCUAUGACAGAGACUUCAGUCAGAUGAAGCCCUGCAACACUGAAGGCAGAAUCUCUUUGGCGGCUUCUCACACGCUGCCUGCUGGACAGGACUUCCUGUGGAGUGCUGGAGGACGACUUAGAUAAGGCAACACACACUUGAACACUCAUACUCUCGGUACAGACACAAAUGUAGACAAGUGAGCAUAUACACAAACUCACAUACAGGGAUACGAAUUUGGAUGUAGCACUUGCUUUUAUUUUAAUUAGUAUGAAUGAAUGCUUGAAUGAAUGAAAUGUAAUGGGUGUAAUGACUGAAUAAGGCAAUGGACCUUUGCCAUCUGUAUAGGUGGAAGACUCUGUGAACCAAAAACCAAAAGAAAGAAAUAAGCACAUUGUUGUGUCCUGGGCUUUGUGAAUCUGUGUUUCCAUAUGAAGACAGACACAAGCCCUGAAAGCUGAAACAGACUUAGGUUGCAUAACUCUAUAUGCAGAGAACUGAUAUCUUUAUACAAAGAUAAAGAAGUGAAAAUAACUCUAUACAAAGAGAACUAAGUAAGAAAAUACCUCUAUUGAAAGAGAAUUAGGCAAAUUACACUUAAGAGCAUAAUGAUUAGGUCUUCUCUAGUCAAACUCUGGGCUCUGUGACGUUUUUCUCAUAAGGAUAAGAAUAUCACGUUGCUUAUUUGCCAGGAUAUUGCCCGCAACAGGUGUUUUAAUAAGGAAAAUGAAUAAAUAUAAAUAAAUAAAACUGUGUAGAGAAAGGAAGCAAGCAACAGUCAGGUAUAUGAUUAAACGUUGUUCUUCAGACCAAAUGGUAAGAUUAGUUUUGUAUUGCGUAUUAAGCAGUGUGUUUUCUUCCUCGACCGGUAUGGGGAAAUGUAUCAUUGGUUCUUCUGUUAAAUGACAUAGAAUCAGAUUUUCUUCAAUGGGGUUUAUGUCUAAUGAAUGUUUAUUUCUUUUGCCAGAUGUUUCCUAUUAAUUUAAUCCUAGUUUUAUGCCUAAGUUUCUAUUUUGCAUUUUUGUACUUUUGCUUUCAAUCACUGUCUUUUCUUUGUAAAAAAAAAUAUGAUUUAUGUUAAUUUAUUUUGUAUGUGUUUCUUACUUUAAAGAGAGAAAUAAAUUAUUUGAGAAACACUUCAUUCUUUCAACUCUGUUCUUUUACAGUGUUUGAUUUAAUAGCACACCAUUUAGUUUUGCAUAAACAUUUUGUCUCUUAAGUCAUUUUAAUGUGUCUUAUAACAAUUAA